GAUCAUUUAACCGAUUGAAUUUUAUGGCAUGCAGUGUUUUGGGUCAAAUACAGUUUUCUUCUAAACAGUCAGUUGUAUCUAGACUUCUUCAAUGGAUUGCUGUACUAAAAUCUGAGUGGACUUGUACAGCAGAUAAAUACCUUGAUAAACAAACAAUGUAUCACCAAGGUUACAAUCCUCAGUUUGAGGACCAAAACUACAUGUAUUAUGUGCAACAGCAAUUUCCAGCCUACAUGCAAAACUACAACAUGAACAUGCCAAUGCAACAAAAUUUUAGACCACGUCCACGUUUUCAGGGACGUCCUCCUUUCCAAGGUGGGCGCCGCCCUGAACAGAGGCACUGGCAGCAACAGGACAAUUAUUCUAGUGUUCGUGACCAUAUAAGACAAGAUAUAAUUAAUCAACUAAAUAUCGAAGUGGGAGAUGAUGAACUGCAUAACAAUUCAAACUACACAGCUUUCAAUGCUAAUAAUUCCAAUAAAAAGAGAAAAUCAGAUGAUGAUGACUCGCCAAGUAAGAAUAAGAGAUCAAAACAAGAUUAUAUACUCAGGAUUCCACCAACUCCAAAGUCUUCAUCAAACUCACAGAUAACUCAAGCUAUGAUAGAAUAUUUUGUUGAGAAUCAUCAAACAGAAGAAAUGUACAUGAAGAAGGUCAAGUUAAGAGAUGCACUGUACAGUAUAUUAAAUGGAGUAUUACCACAUUGUGGUUUAUAUAUUGUUGGUUCCUCUAUGAGUGGUUGUGGAACAAUGACUUCGGACAUGGAUCUCUGUCUUAUGAUCACAGACCAACCAAUAGAACAAGCCAAAGAGGCACCAGAAUUAUUAUAUCUAAUCCAGAGGUCUUUCAGUAAAUGUUCAUUCCUAAACAGAUCUAUGGUGAUAAGAGCCAAAGUUCCAAUUCUCAGGUUUACUGACACAAUAAGCCAAGUAGAAUGUGAUUUAAAUGUAAACAAUAGUGUAGGAAUACGGAAUACACAUCUUAUCAAGUACUAUUGUAUGUUGGAUUGGCGAAUACGUCCAUUAAUGCUGUACAUUAAGAUGUGGUCUCGUUUCCAUGACAUUAAUGAUGCCAGGAAGAUGACCAUAUCUAGUUAUUCUCUAUGUCUCAUGGUCAUUCACUACUUACAAUUUGGAUGUAAACCACAAGUCCUGCCAUCACUACAAAAACUUUAUCCUGAUAUUUUUCAUUCAGAAUCAGAUAUUACAGCUUUAAGAUUUGAUCACCAGCUGAAGUAUAAAAGUAAAAAUGACCAGACACUCGGGGAUCUAUUUUUAGGGUUUCUGGAAUAUUACACCAAUAAUUUUGCUUUUGAUACUCAAUUAAUGAGUGUAAGAACAGGAACAAGAAUGCAGAAAUAUAUGGCCAUAGGCCAGACGAAUGAUAAAAACCAGUGGAAGUGCCUAAAUAUAGAAGAACCUUUUGAUCUUACAAAUACUGCCAGAAGUUGUUAUGAUGAACACACAUUUGAGAGGAUUAAGAGAGUGAUCAGACUUAGCUAUCAAAGACUUUCAAGGUCACGUGAUGUCAAGGUCAUUCUAACAAGUCCAUUCUAGCUUGUCAAGAUAACAGCAACUUUUAAAGCUAUUGGCAAACAGAUUGUGGAAAGGACUGUUCAAGACAAAAGGAAGCUUUAAUUUUAUUUGCCAGAAGAUUGUAGAUGGGAUCUAUCCAUUGACUGCCAAAACACAAUGGUGAAAUUCGGGUUGAUACUUGGAAGAGGGGAUAUAUUGUUUUGUGUAGAAAAUGUUUUCAGUGAGAUUUUGACUCAUCAUAUGAGCUGUACUGAUUUCUGUUAACAGAAUCUGUGAUUAACUAAAGCAUACUUAAAACUUGUACAACAAGUGAUUGAACAAGGAGCUUCAUUCAAAAGUCUAAUAGAUGUGAAACCUUUUACUUAACAAUGCUUAAUGGAAGAACAACAUGAUUUUGUCUUUAAAGUUUAGUGAUUGUAUUUAUGAAUAGGUAUUAAAAGUAUAGCUGAAUAUUUAAUUGACUAAUGUUGAUGAUUCAGGCAUAUAGUUGAAAAGAGACAUUUGACAUUUGGUGCUAAAAUAUGAAAAAAAGCAUUUAUGUUUUUAAUCAGAUGACAGUUAGCCAUGCAAAUACCUUAUAUUUUAGGGGUGAGAUAUAUGGUGUUUUAGCUCAUCAGGCUCAUACAGCCAGUAGGACUUAUUGCACAUAAUUUUUGUUUGUCGUCUGUUCAUAUUUUGAAAACUAUACAAAAAAUAUGACCAAAACUGUCAGAUGGGAUACUCUUUAUGGGAGUAAUUGCACUCAAUUAUUAAUUUUUCCUAAAAUUAUAUAGACAAUUUGAAUUGCAAAAAAAGACAUGCAAAAUGGUUUUGUUUUCAUUUUUAUUGUUUUGAAAUCUUAAGCAGAAAAUGAAAAACAGCAAAAUAUAACCAGCUUGAUAAAAUCUAUAAUUAAGUCAACAUGGCUCAAUUCUCUGUCUUCUCCCUUUAAAGGAGUGGCCCCUUAAAUGAAGAUUCUAACACACUUUUGUGUUUUAGAUUGAAACUUUUGUACAUUGUAGAUAUGGUAGAUAUUGCAAAAUUGUAAACAGCAAAAAUAUUAACUACACAGUUUUUACACUUUUCAUUUUUGCCUUUUUCAUGAACUCUUGAUUAAAUAUUAAGGCAAAAUAUCUGUCAAGCAAAAAUGAUUUUACAAAUUAUUUUGGUCUACACAAUUCUCCAUUGAUUCUAAACUUAAAUUCUUAGUGCACGGCAUCAGUUUUAGGAUAAAGUGUCAGGGGAGAUAAUCAUAUACAGAUUCUAUGGAGCCAUACUUAAAAUUUGCUUAUGCAGUGAAAGGAUAUGAGUCCCAAUCAAGAAAAUAUUGAUCAAUAGAAUAGUAAAUUUAUGAUAAUCAAAGUAUUAUAUAGUUGGUUGAGUCCAAAUUUUGUCCAUGGGAAAGAUUUUAUGAAAGCUCAUUGAAUUUUCCCAAACGAUGUUUAAGUUUUGAUCUGCAUUAAGUGUGAUAUUUAUUGGGUUAUAUACAUGAUAAUAUUACAUUUGUUAUAAUGUGUUUUGAUAUGUACAGAGAGCAUUUGAUGAAAAUAAACUAUUUUCUAAAAACAGUAUAAA